GCUCCCGCUUCCCCUCCUCGCACCGCCUCUGCCGCUGCCUCAUUUCCUGCAGCGUAGGCGGAGGAGGAAGCUCUGUGCCCGCUUUGCCGCCCGGUUCGCCCCGCUCCCCUCCCGCCCGGCCCAGCCGAGCCGCCUCCUGCCCUUCGAGAUGCCGGCUUACCACUCCACUUUAAUGGACUCAGACACCAAGCUAAUUGGGAACAUGGCACUGUUACCCAUCAGAAGCCAGUUCAAAGGCCCAGCACCUCGAGAAACUAAGGACACAGAUAUUAUAGAUGAAGCCAUCUACUACUUCAAAGCUAAUGUUUUCUUCAAAAAUUAUGAAAUUAAGAAUGAGGCUGACAGAACCCUCAUCUAUGUGACCCUCUACAUUUCUGAGUGCCUGAAAAAGCUGCAAAAGUGUAAUUCCAAAGGCCAGGGAGAGAAGGAAAUGUACACACUAGGAAUCACUAACUUCCCAAUCCCAGGGGAGCCAGGCUUUCCACUUAACGCCAUUUACGCCAAACCUGCCAACAAGCAGGAGGAAGAGGUGAUGAGAGCCUACCUGCAGCAGCUGAGGCAAGAAACCGGCCUUCGCCUUUGUGACAAAGUGUUUGAUCCUCAGAGUGACAAGCCAAGCAAGUGGUGGAUCUGCUUUGUGAAGAGGCAGUUCAUGAACAAGAGUCUCUCAGGCCCUGGGCAGUGAAGCAAAGUGGCAACAACUUUAAACAUUUCCACAGCAAGAUGUUCAAGUCUUUUGCCUUUGUUUUGGAUACAUUUUGUACCAAGGAAGAAUGAAGUGGUUAUGAAGUAAAAAAAAAAAAAGAAAAAAAAAAAGAAAAAAACCAAACCUGUCAAUGAGUGAUUAGAGGGAGGGAGAGAGAGCAAAAAGUUAAGUUGUGUAAGCAAAUAUUAUUAAGCUGGUGCUUAAUAAGUGAUUUCUAACGUGCUGUUUCAGAUGCAAGCUGCUUUGUAAUUGUGGCUACAGCAUUUAAAACAGGGCUUGUAUUUAAGAGAAGAAAUGGGCUUGGUUGUGGGGCAGGGGAGCUGUGUCAUUGCUCUGCUGGCUGGAGUCUGGGUGUCGUGUGUCCAGGGAAAACAGACCUCUCACGCUGUGUUGUCCAGUGCAGUGAUUUUUACCUUGUUUUCAAUAAAAUUCGCUUGUA